UCCCCAGUGCCAGUGACAAACAGAGUAGUAUAUCCUGGACUCGAGAUCCCCGUCGCAGGAGUAAUCACCUGAAGCACCUGUCGCGUGGUGUGCCGCGAGUGUUGUUGUAGAGAGAGUGGGACCGACCCCGAGAGCGAGUGCAAAAAGUGCCAAAAAUGACAUUCAAACAGCGGCCUAGCCAGGCUCUGACCCCGAUCAGCCUGCUGGCGGUGUUCCUUCUCGCCGGCAGUUGUACGGCGGCCACCGAGCAACUGACGCAUCCCGUCCAGCCCAAUCCGGCACAGAAUGCCGGAGCACGGACUUUGCUCCGGGUCUACGAUGAGUGCACCCGUGCCGAGGCCGGGUUCGUGCCAUGUCUGAAGAAGAAGGCUAUUUCCUUCAUUGACCGCCUGGCACCGAUCGAUGCCAUCAAUGUGGCCGAUGGCAUUAAGUUGGUGCGCCUGGAGACGGCACCACGUCCGCCGGCGACCAGUGAGAAUGAGCUGGAAUCCUCGUUGCCGCGAUCCGGCAGUGAUCGCGAUGCCAAGCUCACCAAUAUGCUGAUCGAGCGACUGAGCUACUUCUUCAAUGGACAUUCGCUGCAGGUCAGCUUUCCCAAACUCACAUCCGAUGAGAUUGGACGUGGCUUAGAGGAAGGUCGCGGCAAAAUGAAGAAGAUGAUGGGCAUGAUGAUGAUGGGCAUGGCCAUGAAACUGAUGGGCAUGAUUCCUAUUGCCAUGGGAGCCCUGUACAUUCUGGCCGGCAAGGCGUUGAUCAUCUCCAAGAUUGCCCUGCUCCUGGCAGGCAUUAUCGGUCUGAAGAAGCUUAUGUCCGGCAAGUCGUCGGGUGGAAGUUCCGGCUGGUCAUCCGGAGGAGGAGGAGGCGGCGGUGGAGGCUGGUCCUCGGGCGGCGGUGGCGGUGGAGGAGGCGGUGGCUGGGAUCGCCGUUCUCUGACCGAAGCCCAGGAGCUGGCGUAUCGGUCCCAUAUACAGGAGCAGGCGGCAAACCAUCCGCAGAUCCAUCAACAGGUGCAGCAUCUACAUCCAAAGGCCGUGGCGCCACAGGUGACCAAGUCAUAGGAUGGACGACGACGGAAAGGAGAAGGGAGGUGUGACACCAAGUGUUAGAUAGCUGCAUUUAUCUUGUGGAUAAAUCACGGACAGCGGACGGAUUGUAAUUAGAUAUAUGUAUACAUAAACUCUCUUUUUGCACUUGCACUGCGGGGCAGACAAGAAGACUUGAUGCAUUUCCAACGGUUCAC